CAACACUUCUUCGCCUGGCUUUUACCAUAAAUUUAGUGGAAUCAAAGUCGAUAGUUGAACUUGUCCCACUAAAAUAUGACAAGUUCGUAAUACUGCCGCGGUAUGGUAUUCUCAGAGGUUCAGUGUCGAGGACUACCUGGACCAACCGACCGAUAUAUCAAUUCUUGGGCGUACGUUACGCUGAAUCACCUAGUGGUAAUCUGCGCUUCAAGGCUCCAGUGCCAGUGAAGCCAUGGAACAACAUUCAAGACGCAAGAGAGUUCGGGCGUAAAUGCCCUAUUCUAACAGAUUUAGCAAAAAUGACAGAAGAGGAGCGUCGCGCUACUGAUCUUGAAGACUGCUUGAAUAUGGCGAUCUAUUCCCCGAAUUUGUCAGGAAAGUUACCAGUAAUGGUCUACGUCCAUGGAGGCAGCUUUUACCUGACCAAUGCCAAUGAAUUUCCCCCGAACUAUUUACUCGAGCGUGACGUUGUUUUGGUUGUAGUUCAGUAUCGACUUGAUGCAUUGGGUUUCUUAGCAACAAAUUCGGAAGACAUUCCGGGAAAUGCCGCCCUGAUGGACGUACAGCAGGCUCUGACUUUUGUUAAGGAAAACAUUGACCGUUUCGGUGGUAAUCCGAACAGUGUCACUCUAUUUGGCCAAUCUGCUGGGGCUGCAAUGGUCUCUGCUUUAGUUAUAAGUCCAGCUGUGCCGCAAAAUCUGUUUCAUCGCGUUAUUAUUCAGUCGGGUUCAGUUUUUUCCAAGUGGAGCGUAUCGACCGAUCCCAUUAAGGAUGCUAGAGAUAUUGCCGAAGCGGCCGGACUGGACUCAAAGGAGUCGAUAAGUCAUUUGAACGAAGCUUUUAUCAAAAUGGAUGUUUUCAGUCUCCUGCAAGCAGUUGAUCGAUAUCAGAGUAAUCUACAAGCUGGACCACUUCAUCUUGGGGCUCGAUCACUUUCCAUCGGUGGUCCGAAUAACUUACUUCCUGAUUUACCACAGAAAAUUGUCUCCGCACCUCAGUACAAGAAGAACUAUCCAAUGAUAAUUGGAACAACAAAAGACGAUGGAUCAUACGUAGCAACAGUUCUCUACGAUUUCUUGAUAGCUUCAAUGCAAGCUAGCGGUUCGACGAAUCCCAAUGUACCGAUUAUGACUGUAAUAUUGCAACUGUUAUGUACUUUUCUUGACGCUGGUGACAAAUGUGAUGCCAUUCGAAACAUAAUAUCUGGCACUUUUUGGACCGAAGAAGAACUAGCAAGUCAUGACAUUGCAACGAUUGCACCCGGAUUGAUUGAUUUGUUAGGGACGUUCCUCUUCAAAGGUCCAGCACUGCAGGCAGCUUUGAGCAAUGCUGGUUUUGACAGAAAGAAUACUUUCUUCUACACAUUUGACUAUCAAGGGGAAAAAACCAGAUUCGGCUAUGAACAAGACACUUCCCAUUAUCCAUUCAAAGGCGGUGUUACACAUUCCGAUGAUCUCAUAUACCUUUUCCCAUAUCCAUCGCAAGUGACUCCUUUGAAUCAAGCUGAUACUCAAAUGGCAAAAAAACUCAUCGACAUGUGGACAUCUUUCGCCACCAAUAGUUCGCCGCCAUCCCUUGAAAACGGUUCAGGUGGAAAAUUCUCGUGGCCACCAAUGAUAACAGGCACGUUUGGGCCAUACGUACGUAUUGAUAAGGAGUUCACAAUUGGAACUGAUUAUACAACAGAGUUUGUGAGCAACGUUACGGGUAAAAGCAACACUGAUUACCGGCAACUGAUGGCGAUGUUAUCGGCUUGAUUUUGAGUUAAACACGGAAUUGUUGAAGACGAAAUACAAAAACGGGCAAAU